AUGGCUCCUAACAGGUGGCCUACCCAGGGCCCAGUCCACCCCACCUCACCUCGGGGAAGGGAGGACAGUGAGGACACCCUGUCUUGGUACAACCUCUGCUGCAGCCUCUGUUUCCCCGCACAUGCAACCGCGGGCCCCUGUAGGGCCCACUAAAUAUGGACUGCUGUGUUGGUGUUGUCACGUUUUGGCUUGCUUGCGCUCAAGCUCGCCCACAUUUUGUUACAUUACAGCCUUAUUCUAAAAUGUAUUAAAUAAAUACAAAUUAUCAUCAAUCUACACACAAUACCCCAUAAUGACAAAGCGAAAACAGGUUUUUAGACAUUUUUGCAAAUUAAUAAAAAAAUAGAAAUACCUUAUUUACAUAAGUAUUCAGACCCUUUGGUAUGAGACUCGAAAUUGAGCUCAGGUGCAUCCUGAUUCUAUUGAUCAUGCUUGAGUCCUUGAGUCCACCUGUCUAAAUAAGGUUCCACAGUUGACAGUGCAUGUCAGAGCAAAAACCAAGCCGUGUGGUUGAAGGAAUUGUCCGUAGAGCUCCAAGACAGGAUUGUGUCGAGGCACAGAUCUGGGGAAGGGUACAAAAAAAAUUAUGCAGCAUUGAAGGUCCCUAAGAAAUUAGCCCACCCAACUACCUCAUCCCUAUAUUGUUAUUUAUUUUGCUCUUUUGUACCCCAGUAUCUCUAUUUGCACAUAAUCUCUUGCACAUCUAGCAUUCCAGUGUUAAUACUAAUUGUAAUUAUUUUGCACUAUAGCCUAUUUAUUGCCUUACCUCCAUAACUUGCUACAUUUGCACACACUGUAUAUAUAUUUUCUGUUGUAUUUUAUGACCUUAUGUUUUGUUUUACCCCAUAUGUAACUCUGUGUUGUUGUUUUUAUCGCACUGCUUUGCUUUAUCUUGGCCAGGUCGCAGUUGUAAAUGAGAACUUGUUCUCAACUGGCUUACCUGGUUAAAUAAAGGUUAAAUAAAAUAAAAUAAAAAUAAGAACACAGUGGCCUCCCUCAUUCUUAAAUGGAAAAAGUUUGGAACCACCAAGACUCUUACUAGAGCUGGCCGCCCGGCCAAACUGAGAAUGGCCUUGGUCAGGGAGGUGACCAAGAACCCAAUGGUCACAUGAGAAACAAGAUUCUCUGGUCUGAUGAAACCAAGAUUGAACUCUUUCGCCUGAAUGCCAAGCGUCACGUCUGGAGGAAACUCGAGGCUGUAAUCCCUGCCAAAGGUGCUUCAACAAAGUACUGAGUAAAGUGUUUGAAUACUUAUGUAAAUGUGAUAUUUCAGUUUUUUUAAUUUUUAAUACAUCCGCAAACAUUUCUAAAACCUGUUUUUGCUUUGUCAUUAUGGGGUAUUGUGUGUAGAUUGAUGAGGGGAAAAAAACAAUUUAAUCUAUUUUAGAAUAAGGCUGUAAAGUAACAAAAUGUGGAAAAAGUCAAGGGGUCUAAAUAAUUUCCGAAUGCACUGUAUAAGGGAGGUUACAAUUUGACCUCUGUUAUAAGACUUGGUGUCUGAAAAGUAUUUUGAAUAACCUGGUUGUCCUUUGUGGGAGCCCUGCGUCCUUUUUCAAAUUGAUUAUUGAUUAAACAUGGCCCGACUAAAAGUCUGCUGCACACCUUUAUGGGAAAAUCUUUUUUAUUACCUUUUAGCUGGCAUCAAAUCAAUUAACCAAUUGAUUGUGAAUAUCGAUUCCCAGUAUUUCCCUUUUGGUCCAAUGUCAGCCAACUACCCAUUGUAUCGUCCUGGGCAGAGCUAAACUCCGGCUGGGGAACAGUGUUCUUUUAAAGCCGGGAUAAGUGCUUGUCAGGUAGGGUCACCUCAAUGAUUUCCCCCAUGCUGGGAGUGUACUUGGUACAGUCAGUCCAAGUCCAUUUGAAUUCUGAUGAGAUAUCAGUAUGCUCUGGCAGGCUGCUGAAAUCCCUGCCUGAUUAAGAUGUAGGUGCAUGGAGGGAGAUUUUUCCUUCUCUUUUAACUUCUCCUUUCCCUAAUCUCAAAAGAUUUCUCCAUCCAGGUUGCAUCUCAGUCAUUUCAAUUAGCCUAGACUAUCUCUUUCUCCUUGUUUCUUUUCUUGUAGGCCUAGCCGGGGUGAUCUGAAAGAACUGCCGGGAUUUCUGCCUUAUUGCUUUCACCUGUCCAGUAGAUCAAAGGGAGAAGAGGACAGGAAGCUACUUUAGACUGACACAGGCUUGCUGGAUGGUUGUCCUUUUUGCCUCCGUCAGUCACUUGGCCUAGCAUCUCAUGUGUGGUAUCUCUCUAAUGGAGCCUUUAUUACAGAUGCGAGUUGAAUGAUGUGUUACUCCAUCAGAAGAGCACUACUGAAAUUGAGUGAUGUUCAGUAGGAGCCUCUCUGGGGGUUAUUGGCGCCUUGUCAUGAGUGUGACUGUUAUUUAUGGGGUCACGGCUGUUCCAGUUGCUAUUUUUGUCAGGACUGAACCGAGCUGUACAGGAUUGAACCCUUGGCCAAGGUACAACACACGAUAUGGGCGAUAUGGCCAAAAUACAAUAUGACAAUAUUUGUCUUUUUUUUAUUGCGGUAUUUGAUGUUGGGAAUAAUACAAAUGUUUUAUGAGAAGUGCAUGACCCUAGAAUGGAAACAAAUGAAUUCGAAGUGGUUUUAAUGUGCUUUCUCCAUUCUGAUUAUUUAUUCUCAACCAAACUAGGACACAACUGACAGUGAAGUAGUCCAAUUUGUGUGGAUCCAUACUGGUAUACAAUAUAUCGCCCAGCCCUAUACACGUACAUAGAUACUCUCACUCUCUCUCUCACACACACACACACACACACACACACACAGAGAGAACACAGAAGUUAUGCGAACAGAGGGCCAUGGAAAAUAAUGGAAUUGGAUGUUGAUGUCUUCCUGUUUGCCUACACACAAACCCUGUGACAGUGAAUUGUGGAGCGAUGGUAGUUAGUUGGUGCCCAUGAGGGUCUGUGGACUGAGUCAGAUGACUGGCCAGAGUUAUUAAACCAGUGAAACUGUAAUUUUGGGGCUGGAGAAAGAGAGUAUGAGCAGCCUGCUUAUUCCCUGUCUAAUCCCCCCCCACUCCAUAUGUUUUCACGCUGAAGCAGAUACCUUUACUACACAAAUUACAUAAGCAUACAAAUAUCAUUUUAAAACAUAAUCAUUUUGUUUUGCCUAUUGCUGCUGGAUUAAGAUGGCUUUAGGCCUAUACUAAACCACGUAGCUGGAUACUUAUCAUGGGAUUAAGACUGAAUUAGGCAAAAAAAUUAUAAUGAUAUGAACUGAGUUCGGUCCACAUUGGCAUCGGUUGUGUCACCCAGGGUGGAUGAAUGUUUGUAACCGUGAAGCCUCCUAGGUAGUGUUUUGUGCAUGUGUAGUACUAGCCGAAUAGUUGCAGGUUCUUUCUGUUAUUGGAAGCUGUGAGUGUGAAAUAGUAUUUUGAGUGAGAAGUGGCAACAAUUUUAAAGGAAUACCUGUCAGAAGUUCAGAACUUCUGUAGAUUAGAUGCUUGGUUUUAACAAGGGAAAAUUACAUCAAAUUUGAGUGUGUUUCACAUUCUAAUCCAUUUGUGACAGGCCUAUGUUUUUAUUAGAUUAGUCUCUGCUUCUUUCUCGCCCUCACACACAUGCACACAACAUUCUGUAGGCUGUUACAUAAAGGCUACAAGCCCACGGUAGGCAGAUCAGGAGGAUGCAGAGAGACAGGCUGAUAUAGUGUGCUCCACAUCUACAGGUGGCUGGACUGCCUGCUUCUAUCUAUGCAGUCGCGCCCCCUAGAUUACUCUGUGUACUGUAGACACAGACCACCGAAGCAGCAUCCAAGAAUGCUACCACCAACAUGAUCAACGGAAAUCAAUCAAAGCCAAACGUGCUGGCAGAGGGACAACCGAGGUAGGCUUCCCCCGCCUCAACAACAGUGGGGAAACCAUUGCUGAAUAGCAUUUGUAAAUGAAUUGACCGUUGUUAACUCACUCAGCAGUUUAAAAAGGUGACCGUGCCUUAGCCUGUUUGGUUGUGGCUGUGUAGACGGUAUGUUGGAUCUAAGCAUGCGUCCUCGAGGAAGAUGCGGCGGGUCGACUAUCGGUCAGUGUUUCAACAACCAGUCAACUGAGACAUUCCUCCUUGAAGAGCAAUGCUAUGUAAGACGGGCUAAAGUAGGCCAUGUAUGCAGUCUUCCCGGUUAGCUGACUGAUUGGCAUACCUCUCUUUGAAGGUUCCUGCCUUUCUGCUGACUCAGUCCUCCACAUGAAUAAGGGCUUCCUUCCUGCGUUUGUUGUGUUUUAAGUGGCUGCCGGGCGCUAAUGCUACAUGCCAUGGCUUCAUGAUGAGGGCAUGCCUGUGUAGCUGCUGUGUGGUAGGUUGUGUGUGGCUGCUGUGUAAGGUCAGGGGUAGAGAGUAGAGCAGCGGGGGUGUCUGUCUAGCUGCACCUCUCUGAGUCGGCCCAUGUCACAGCAUGGGGUUCGGUGAAUGUUCCAGGAAGGACGGGGAAAAAAUCGCAGAGCUUCAGUACUCGGGUUAAUGAGACCAAAGGCAUUUUGCUGCAGCGUCACUGACUGUGUCCCUCAGCAGUCAUCGACUAAAAAACACAGUUUUUUAUUUUAUUUGUAUUUUAUUUCACCUUUAUUUUAACCAGGUAAGCCAGUUGAGAACAAGUUCUCAUUUACAACUGCGACCUGGCCAAGAUAAAGCAAAGCAGUGCGAUUAAAAACAACAACACAGUUACAUAUGGGGUAAACAAAACAUAAAGUCAAAAAUACAACAGAAAAUAUAUAUACAGUGUGUGCGAAUGUAGUAAGUUAUGGAGGUAAGGCAAUAAAUAAAUAGGCCAUAGUGCAAAAAUAGUUACAAUUUCGUAAAUAACACUGGAAUGAUAGAUGUGCAAAAGAUUAUGUGCAAAUAGAGAUAAUGGGGUGCAAAAUAAAUAAUAAUAUGAGGAUGAGGUAGUUGGGUGGGCUAAUUUCAGAAUGGCUGUGUACAGGUGCAGUGAUCGGUAAGCUGCUCUGCCAACUGACGCUUAAAGUUAGUGAGGGAGAUAAGAGUCUCCAGCUUGAGAGAUUUUUGCAGUUCGUUCCAGUCAUUGGCAGCAGAGAACUGGAAGGAAUGGCGGCCAAAGGAGGUGUUGUCUUUGGGGAUGACCAGUGAGAUAUACCUGCUGGAGCGCAGACUACGGGUGGGUGUUGCUAUGGUGACCAGUGAGCUAAAAUAAGACGGGGAUUUGCCUAGCAGUGAUUUAUAGAUGACCUGGAGCCAGUGGGUUUGGCGACGAAUAUGUAGUGAGGGCCAGCCAACAAGAGCGUACAGGUCACAAUGGUGGGUAGUAUAUGGGGCUUUGGUGACAAAACGGAUGGCACUGUGAUAGACUACAUCCAAUUUGCUGAGUAGAGUGUUGGAGGCUAUUUUGUAAAUGACAUUGCCGAAGUCAAGGAUCGGUAGGAUAGUCAGUUUUACGAGGGCAUGUUUGGCAGCAUGAGGUGAAGGAGGCUUUGUUGCGAAAUAGGAAGCCGAUCCUAGAUCUAACUUUUGAUUGGAGAUGCUUAAUGUGAGUCUGGAAGGAGAGUUUACAGUCUAACCAGACACCUAGAUAUUUGUAGUUGUCCACAUACUCUAGGUCAGACCCGAAGAGAGUAGUGAUUCUAGUCAGGUGGGCGGGUGCAAGCAGCGUUCGGUUGAAGAGCAUGCAUUUAGUUUUACUAGUGUUUUAAAUGCAGUUGGAGGCUACGGAAGGAGUGUUGUAUGGCGUUGAAGCUCGUUUGGAGGUUUGUUAACACGGUGUCCAAUGAAGGGCCAGAUGUAUACAAAAUGGAGUCGUCCGCAUAGAGGUGGAUCCGAGCGUCACCAGCAGCAAGAGCGACAUCAUUGAUUGAGUCGGCCCGAGAAUUGAACCCUGUGGCACCCCCAUAGAGACAGCCAGAGGUCCAGACAACAGGCCCCCUGAUUUGACACAUUGAACUCUAUCUGAGAAGUAGUUGGUGAACCAGGCGAGGAAGUCAUUAGAGAAACCAAGGCUAUUUAGUCAGCCAAUAAGAAUGCGGUGGUUGACAGAGUCGAAAGCCUUGGCCAGGUCGAUGAAGACUGCUGCGCAGUACUGUCUUUUAUCAAUUGCGGUUAUAAUAUCGUUUAGGACCUUGAGCGUGGCUGAGGUGCACCCAUGACCAGCUCGAAAACCGGAUUGCAUAGCGGAGAAGGUACGGAGUGGUCGGUGAUCUGUUUUGUUAACUCAAAUACUUUCGAAAGGCAGGGCAGGAUGGAUAUAGGUCUGUAACAGUUUGGAUCUAGAGUGUCACCCCCUUUGAAGAGGGGGAUGACCGCGGCAGCUUUCCAAUCUCUGGGGAUCUCAGACGUUACGAAAGAGAGGUUGAAUAGGCUAGUAAUAGGGGUUGCGACAAUUUCGCCGGCUAAUUUUAGAAAGAAAGGGUCCAGAUUGUCUAGCCCAGCUGAUUUGUAGGGGUCCAUAUUUUUUUUAGCUCUUUCAGAACAUCAGCUGUCUGAAUUUGUGUGAAGGAGAAGUGGGGGGGGCAUGGGCAAGUUGCAGCGCAGGGUGCAGAGCUGGUGGCCGGGGUAGUGGUAGCCAGGUGGAAAGCAUGGCCAGCCGUAGCAAAAUGCUUGUUGAAAUUCUCGAUUAUUGUAGAUGUAUCGGUGGUGACAGUGUUUCCUAGCCUCAGUGCAGUGGGCAGUUGGGAGGAGGUGCUCUUAUUUUCCAUGGACUUUACAGUGUCCCAAAACCUUUUGGAGUUAGUGCUACAGGAUGCAAAUUUCUGUUUGGAAAAAGCUAGCCUUUGCUUUCCUAACUGAUUGUGUAUAUUGGUUCCUGACUUCCCUGAAAAGUUGCAUAUCGCGGGUCUGUUCGAUGCUAAUGCAGUAUGCCACAGGAUGUUUUUGUGCUGGUCAAAGGCAGUCAAGUCUGAGGAGAACCAGGGGCUAUAUCUGUUCUUAGUUCUGAAUUUUUUGAAUGGGGCAUGCUUAUUUAAGAUUGAGAGGAAAGCACUUUUAAUGAACAACCAGGCAUUCUCUACUGACGGAAUGAGGUCAAUAUCCAUACAGGAUAGCCGGCCAGGUCAAUUAGAAAGGCCUGCUUCUAAAGUGUUUUAGGGAGCGUUUGACAGUGAUGAGGGGUGGUCGUUUGACCGCGGACCCAUUACGGACGCAGGCAAUAAGGCAGUGAUCGCUGAGAUCCUGGUUGAAGACAGCGGAGGUGUAUUUAGAGCAUAUCCCAGUUUAGGUCACCAAGCAGUACGAACUCUGAGGAUAGAUGGGGGGCAAUCAGUUCACAUAUGGUGUCCAGGGCACAGCUCGGGGCUGAGGGGGGUCUGUAGCAAGCGGCAACAGUGAGAGACUUAUUUCUGGAAAGGUGGAUUUUUAGAAGUAGAAGCUCAAACUGUUUGGGCACAGAACUGGAUAGUCUCUACAGUAGAUUGCAACCCCACCCCCUUUGGCAGUUCUAUCGAGACAGAAAAUGUUGUAGUUGGGGAUGGACAUUUCUGAAUUUUUGGUGGCCUUCCUAAACCAGGAUUCAGACACUGCUAGAACAUCAGGGUUGGCGGAGUGUGCUAACGCAGUGAAUAACUCAAACUUAGGGAGGAGGCUUCGGAUGUUAACGUGCAAGAAACCAAGGCUUUUACGGUUACAGAAGUCAACAAAUGAUAACGCCUGGGGAGUAGGAGUGAUACUGGGGGCUACAGGGCCUGGGAUAACCUCUACAUCACCAGAGGAACAGAGGAGGAGUAAAAUAAGGAUACGGCUAAAGGCUUUAAGUACUGGUCUUCUAGUGCGUUGGGUACAGAGAAAAAAAGGGGCAGAUUUCUGGGCGUUGUAGAAUAGAUUCAGGGCAUUAUGUACAGACAAGGAUAUGGAAGGAUAUGAGUACAGUGGAGGUAAACCUAAGCGUUGGGUAACGAUGAAAGAGAGAGCGUCACUGGAGGCACCAAUUGAGUCGGUCUCUGCGUGUAUGGGUGGUGGGAAAAAGGAGCUAUCUAAGGCAGGUUGAGCUGGGCUGGGGGAUCUACAGUGAAAUAGUACAAUAAGAAAUAACCGAAACAGCAAUAAGCAAGGCAUAUUGACAUGGGAGAGAGGCAUAAAGCAAUCACAGGUGUUAUUCGAGAGAGCUAAGACAACAGCUGGUAAUGGCGACAAAGUUUGGGCUGAGGCUAAACAUAAACAGGAUUCGGUACCGUAUAAAGGAACAGUCCGGCAGGCAUCAGCUGUAUAGCUGAGUUAUCAUAAGGUCCGGUGAACAGCAAUAGGAGCGUUCGGGGGCUGCUACAGCACUGGCGAGCAAGAGGCCACGGCUUGCGUGUGCUAGCGGGCCGAGGCUAGCAGAUGGAUCUUCGUGGUCGACGUCGUAACGGGAAGCCUGUUGAAACCACAUCAGACGAUUUCGUCGGCAGACCAGUCGUGUUGGAUCGGCGGAGUUCCGUGUCAACACUAGGAGGUCCCGUUCGGUUGACAGAGAGGUAGAUAGCCGGGAGAUGGGCCUGGCUCGAGGCUAGCUCAGGGCUGAUUAGCCAACAACUACAUCCAUUUGGUUGCAGCUAGCUAGUUGCGAUGAUCCGGUAUUAAAGGUCCAGUGAUUCAGUGAUUCCGGCAGAAAAACCGAUAUGUUCUGGGUCGAUAACGAGCUGUGCAGACAGUGCAGAUUGGCUGAUAAUAGUCCAGGCUAGAGCUGGCUGGUAGGUAGUGCAGGCCACGGACAAUGGUGAAAAACCGUUAACGGUGGCUAAUAGCAAGUAGCUAGUUAGCUGGCUACUCCCGUCUGGUAGACAGAGAGGUAGAUAGCCGGGAUAUGGGCCUGGCUCGAGGCUAGCUCAAGGCUAACUGGUGCUUGUUUCGGGGGCAGCGGUGAUUAGCCAGCAGCAACAUCCAUCCGGUUGCGGCUAGCUAGUUGCGAUCCGGUGUUAAUGUCCAGUGAUUCAGUUAUUCCGGCAGAAAAUCUGAUGUUCUGGGUGAAAACCGCUAACGGUGGCUAAUAGCAAGUAGCUAGUUAGCUGGCUAGCUAGUUUCAACUGGAGAUUCUAGAUAAAUGGUAAGUCAAUAAUAGAAUCCGUUCCACAUUGAGUGAGGCGGGUUGCAGGAAAGUAUAUUUUGUAGAAGGAUGAAAAGUGUGAUAGGGAAAUAUGUACGAAAAAAAAAAAAAAGGCUAUUUACACGGACACACAACAAAGAACACGACCGCACUGCUACGCCAUCUUGGAAAGUAUCUCUGGGAUAAGUGUUGAGCAUCAUUGUUAUAGGGCUUAGUCUGACUGCUCUUUUAAAAUGUGUCGAUCAUAAAAUUGUUAAGCAAUGAAGAAGUGGCGGUGAAUAGCCAAAGUGAGCUAGCCUAUUUACAGAAAAAGCUGCUUGGCAACAAUUACUAUUUGUCACAAUGAAAGCUCAAAUUCCGGUUAUCAUUCACAUCUUCUCUAGUAGAUGGCGCCCCAACUGAUUUUGCUGUCUUAUUUUCUCUCUUUCUCCCCUCAGUCACACCUGAUCUGGUCCCGGAAUCCCUGGUACCACCCGUGGUGCCUUCCCUGCCCUCAGCACGGGCCCGGCCUGCCCUGCACAGGCCCCGUAGGCGCAGCGGCAACAACAGCAGCAGCGGAGGCGACCCCACCAGGCCGUGGCCCUUGGGCCCGGCAGUCCCCAGAGGAAGCAUGGAGGUGGGCAUGCGCGUGGUGCGCGGCCUGGACUGGAAGUGGGGGAACCAGGACGAUGGUGACGGCCACGUGGGCACGGUGGUGGAGAUCGGGCGGCAGGGCAGCACGACCACGCCCGACAAGACGGUGGUGGUGCAGUGGGACAGCGGCACACGCACCAACUACCGCACAGGCUACCAAGGCUCCUACGACCUGCUGCUCUACGACAACGCCCAGAUCGGUGAGCAUUGAGCCCUGAGAACCCCACCACAGCUGUUUACACACACAUAAGUUACACUAUAUAUACAAAAGUAUGUGGACACCCCUUCAAAGUAAUGGAUUUUGCUAUUUCAGCCACACCCGUUGCUGACGGUGUAUAAAAUCGAGCACACAGCCAUGCAACCUCCAUAGACAAACAUUGGCACUAGAAUGGCCUUACUGAAGAGCUCAGUGACUUUCAACCGCGCACAAGUCUAAGAUCACCAUACGCAAUGCCAAGCGUCGGCUGGAGUGGUGUAAAGCUCGCCGCCAUUGGAGCAGUGGAAACACGUUCUCUGGAGUGAUGAAUCACGUUUCACCAUCUGGCAGUCUGACGGACUAAUCUGGGUUUGGCGAUGCCAGGAGAACGCUACCUGCCCGAAUGGAUAGUGCCAACUGUAAAGUUUGGUGGAGGUGGAAUAUUGGUCUGGGGCUGUUUUUCAUGGUUCGGGCUAGGCCCCUUAGUUCCAGUGAAGGGAAAUCUUAACGCUACAGCAUAUAAUGACAUUCUAGACGAUUCUGUGCAUCCAACUUUGUGGCAACAGUUCGGGGAAGGCCCUUCAGCAUGACAAUGCCCCCAUGCACAAAACGAGGUCCAUACAGAAAUGCUUUGUCGAGAUCGGUGUGGAAGAACUUGACUGACCUGCACAGAGCCCUGACCUCAACCCAGUCGAACACCUUUGGGAUGAAUUGGAAUGCCGACUGCGAGCCAGGCCUAAUCGCCCCACAUCAGUGCCCGACCUCACUUAUGCUCUUGUGGCUGAGUGGAAGCAAGUCCCCGCAGCAAUGUUCCAAUAUCUAGUGGAAAGCCUUCCCAGAAAAGUGGAGGCAGUUAUAGCAGCAAAGGGGGGACCAACUCCAUAUUAAUUCCCAUGAUUUUGGAAUGAGAUGUUUGACGAGCAGGUGUCCACAUACUUUUGGUCAUGUAGUGUAUGUACUUGUUAGGGAUGGGCAUUUGAAAUUAUUUCACUAUUAAAAUAAUAUGGAUAUUUUGGGGAUAUCCGGGUAGUCAAACUUCAAAAAAAUGAAUGCUCUCAACUCUCUUGACCAAUCAGAAUGACCCACAUGCACAUGGCAGAGGUAAACAGUGGACAGGAUGCUUUUCUCUGUAGCUUUUGGCUAAAAGCAACAGUGAAAGAGAAGUUUGACGGUAGAACUGAUUCUGUUAUGAAAAUGUUUUCUAGUGAGUUUUGCAUUGAUCUGUGUCAGGUCUUGUGGAAACUCUGUUAGUUGCGCGCCUGUAAUUGCUAUUUGAAGCGGGGAAAUAGCAUACCGAGGUCAGUGCAUACUGGAGGGUAAAUGCGCAACAGUAGCACAACGCAGUUUAUAAAAACUACAUUCAAAAGUUUGUUUUGUUAAGUAUUUCAAAUGUCAUGGUAUAUCCCUGAAGGUAACAAUGCCAUAAGGAUAAUCUAAUUUAAUUUAUAACAAAGCUUUUUCAUUGUCAAAAUAGGCCUACAAUUAUUUUUCUCUCCAAAAAUGCUAACUCACUCAAGUAAUCGAAACUAAUGUCCAUUCGGAUAUCCGGAUAUUCGAUUAACUGUGCCCAUCCCUAGUACUUGUGUGUAAAACAACCUACUGUACAUUUAUUAUAUAAAACCAUAUUCAUUAAGACCGGGAUUCAAUCCGAUCCGCCUUAGAACCAUGUUAUAGCAAGCUUGACAUUUAAAGGUAAUUUCCGAUUGAGGCAACAUGCACAGCGUUUACCGUGAAUGCUAUGUCUGCGAACGAAAUUGCCUUUAAAAGCAUAGUUGUCGGCUGUCCAGUGCACUUUGCUCUGAAUUGAAUCCCGGCUUUAAACUAUAUUCAAGUUUCAUGUACUUUUUUUUUUAUAUCUUUUUUUUUUUUUUUGGUAUUUAUGUCUCAUCUCUGUGACUCAAGCAAGCUUCCUCAAGCUCAUGUUUACUUAGCAUCGCAGAGCAAAGGGCAUCUUUCUCCAUCUCCAUUUCCAUUUCCCUCGACUCAAACAGAGAGACAGGCGAUACAGCCCUGUUUUAGAAUCGAAUGCCAAGUGCUAAUGCAGGAUUCAUCUGCAUUUUGCUCCAUUAAAGACAGCAUUUUUCUGCCUCAGAAGCCAAUAAGGCUUCAAUUUUAGCCUAGAAAAAGGGGGAGAAGGAGAGUCAAAAGGAGAGAAAGGGAGAGGGGUGAGGAAGAGCAUUAUCUCUCGACAUCUCUUUCAUCAGUCAAAGCGUCUCAUUUACUGGGCUGUCUUGACCUCCUUCCACCUCUCUCUGACUCUCUCGCUCUCUCUCCCCUUUUCUCUGUCUCAGGUGUGCGCCACUCCAACAUAAUCUGUGACAGCUGCAAGAAGCAUGGCAUCAUGGGGAUGCGCUGGAAGUGUAAGGUGUGCUUUGACUACGACCUGUGCACGCAGUGUUACAUGAACAACAAGCACGACCUGGGCCACGCCUUUGAACGCUAUGAGACCGCCCACUCCCAACCGUGA